ACCAGAAGGUAGUUCCGAACCAACCCAAAGUAAACCAAAGCACACAAGCAAAAAUUUGAAUUCAAUUGGAUUGAAUUAUUUUGUGUUGUAAAAAAAAUACAUCCAGGAUAAUAAACAAAUAAACGUCCUUUUUGUGAGAGUUCGUUGGUAUUUUUUUUUCUUUUUCUUAACUUGUCUUUCAAGUGAUUCCUGAGCGAGAAACGAGGAUAAAGUUUGAUCUUUCUGAAACAAAACGCAAACAAAAAAAGUUGAAAUUUAAUUUCCGGGCAUUGUUUACUGUGAAGGAUAUUGAGGUCCUUGAAGAAGUUUUUUUUCUGAUUUUUUUUUUUUUUGACUCGUUGUUGUUGAAUAUUUUUUUGUUUUGUUUUUUUUGUUGUAUUUUGGUUUUUUUUUUGUGUGAGCGUGUGUGCCAAAUACAGAAAUCAAUAAAUCCUUUAAAGAGGAUAAUUCAACUUCUAUAAAAUAGCCUCUGCUCUAGCAACUAACGUCGAAAACGUGCUCGAGCUCGUGUUUGGUGUCUGUGGUGUGGUAGGAGAGUAUUAAGUGAAUAAUUCCCGUUUUUUUUUGUGGUGUUCGUUUGGUUAUUGAUUGUGUCCUUUUGACCCGUGAUGUCCUCACGAUGAUUUCAUCUGAAAUUUAUGUUGUAAAAUAAAAAAAUUACAACAACAACAAAAAUAAUCAUACAAAGUUUUCCUUUAAAAAAAUAAUAAAAGAAAAUUAUUUUCAAUAAAAAAUAGUUUACAAAACCAUGAAAAUCUUUCGAAGAAGUUGUUCUUCAACGUCGUCGUCGGUUUCGGGUUCGGUCUCAGUCUCAGUUUCAGUGUCAGGAUCGGUCUCAGCAGGACGAGGAAGUAACAUGGCAGGCAAACGUAGCCGUAACCAUUACCAUAACCAUCACCACUCGGUUCUGCUUGCCGCCCUGAGUGUGACCUUCUUGUUUGGAUAUUUGGAUAUGCACGUCAGUGCCAGUGGAACGGUACCGGUGGCUGAUACUCCUUCGACUCCGGAGCCAGAUCCAGCGCCAGGCUGUAGGGCACCUGAAAUUCGAUACAUCAAACCAAAGGUUGUUGAACCAACAACGGAAGCAUCUUAUGUUGACUUUGAAACGACUCAAAUUUAUCUGCCUGAAGAUUUUACCACGUCCGAUAUUGAUUCCAUUGAACAUAUAAACAUUGAUCUCUCGAAUAGCCACACGGAUUCGGCCAUCAAUCCGUAUCAAAUUGACAUGGACGGUGGAGGUGGCGGUGGCAUGGGUAAUGCUGCGGCCUUGCAUGACGACGAGAACGAAGACGAAAACGGAACGGAAGACCCUUUGGCAAGACGACAACGCUUACGAAUGGAGCGUAAAAUGGGCAAGAAACGUCGUGCAGGUGGCCGCAGGAGACGUUUGGAAAACGAGAAUGGUCAGAGUCGUGGAACGGGCAGCGGACGUGGCAGCAGAUACAAGCGUCACGCCAUUCACAAGGACGAUUCACCAGCAGCCGAACAUGAUAAAUGGAGUGGUGCGAAAUUGGCUGCCGAAGGUGAAGUCUACUACGUGCAUCUGGACGAUUUGCUCAAUUCCAAGUCCUUAAACAAGGAACUGCGACAGAAACUUCACAAAAUGAAGCAAAAGCACCUCAAGGAACAUUCGAAUAAAUGUUCAAGCGGAGGCAGCGGUGACAAAAAGAAUACAGACACAUCCUGCAAAACAAAACCCAGCUACAAAAAUGGUAAAAAUGUUAACAAGAACAAGCAGCAGUCGCCUGCAGUUGCCGGGGAUGUAGUCGUUGACGGAAAUGAGCCAAUUCCGAAACAAGCCCCGAAUCACUCCACAGACAAUGGACCACCCAAACGUCAUCAUCGUACAAAGAGGUCAACGUGGAGCUUGGGUGGAGCUGGUGGCAAGAAAAACGAUCCAAAGGAAGUCCUUAGCCAACGACGACAACAACAUAGAGACAAUAAUAACAACAACGACAUCGAAACAACAAAUAUUGACAACAACGCCAAGGAUGAUGGCUACUUCGAUGGGGGAAGCCUCAGCAGCAGCAGCAGCAGCAGUAGUCAAUUGUCAGCUCAGGACGGAGGCAAUACCACAUUACAAGUUGCUACUACUGGAACUGGAUUAAGGCAUGAUAAUGGCACAGCAUCAGAAUCAGCAGACGGCAGCGAGGCGGGAAUUGCAGAUAAUUUGCAACGGGUUAAGAGAAAAUCUGGCAAAACGACAGGAGCUCUCAGUCGUCCCAAGGGUGGUGGUGAUUCUGGAUCGAAGACUACCAGCCGAAAGGAUAAAGGAGCAUUUGAAGAAGAAGGUGGUUACUCACCCGUCCAUCCAGAUGAAGAAGAAUCCGAAGAAGAAGAAGUUGAAGAAGCCGAUUCAGACGAACAAGUUCAUUUCACAGAAGUUUCCGAAAUACGUUUCCCUGGUGAAAUUGGUCCUCUUGGUGACCGCCGCCUUUGUAAAAUACGUUGCAUCAAAGGCAAAUGGGUGGGCCCGCUUUGUGCUACAAAUGAGGAGGAUGAACAUGGACACAUCAAAUUUCAACCGUUAUACAAAAGCUGUCACGUCAAUCGAAUCCCGCCGCAUUUACUCUUGAGCUACCGCAACAUCUCUGUGAACGUUGGCUGGGAUUUACCACACGGUCAUUCGCUGCAAGCUCGCUGUAAAGAUCUCGGCCUCUAUAAAUUGCUCGGCGAGUCACGAGUGCUAUGCUCUAACGGUCUCUGGGCGCCGCGUAUGCCCUCUUGCGUCCCCACAACACUCCUAACAAACUUCUCUGACGAUAGUGCACCAUCGAUCCGGAUAAAAAUUGGUUCCGGCUCAGGGGCUUUUGAGCCGUCCGGAGUUUUGGCCGUUCUACCCAGCAGCACCAUCCACAUGGACUGUAUGUAUCCGAGAGCUCGUGGUACACCCGAAUGGACCUGGACCAGCUGGUACAUGCAAUACAAUACGGGUUGGUCGACAGUGCACGAGGAAAAAUCGACGAAAUAUCGUUUGACCAUCAAGGAUAUUCAGAGCAGUGAUUCGGGUACAUUCACUUGCACUUCGCCGCGUGGCCUAACUAACAGCAUUUCAAUUAUUGUGGCAACAUCAACAUGUCCACAGCUAACUGAGCCCGCUGCACCGUUGUCAUUACGCCUCGAGGGCAAUAAGUUGGGUCAGCGAGCACUCUAUAGAUGUCCCCAAGGCUAUCGUGUAGAGGGUACUGUAAAUUCAACCUGUCUGGCUUCAGGUAAUUGGUCUACACCACCACCUACAUGCCAGGCGGUCCAAUGUCCCCGACUGAUACUCGAGGAUUCGCAUCUUAGUCUCGUCGAGCUGAAUACAUCGGCCUGGGGACGAGCGGUAUUUAAGUGUCAGUGGGGCUUUAAAUUGAACGGACCGCCAGGAUUGGAGUGCGAGCCGAGUGGCGUUUGGAGUGGACCAGUGCCAAGGUGUAGAGCUAUCCAAUGUCCGGCACCACUAGUACCACUCAAUGGCCGCAUCGGUGGAACCAGUGGCUCGAGUAGUCAUCGUCGCUACGCUGUCGGUGCUCUAGUGACGUUUAGCUGCAACGAAGGCCACCUGCUGGUAGGUGAGGCAAGCAUUGUCUGCACCGAAACUGGAUUCUGGUCCCAUCCGCCACCAUUCUGCAAAUCUCAGUGUCCGUAUCCGGGAGAUCCACCAAACGGACUAAUAGCGCCGCUCAAAUUCAAUUACGAUUCCGGUGACUUCCUCAGCGUUCAAUGUCGGCCAGGUUUUGUUGAAUAUAGCCCAGCCGGGCCACCAGAGCGUCCAAAAUGCCUACCCGAUGGCAAUUGGUCGGGACCUGUGCCGCAAUGUCGCAGCUACGAGGAUGUGUAGCUCCUAAGGUAUCGACAGAGUGCCACCGAGGAGGCCAAUGCCACAGCAACGGCGGCAGCGGCAUUGGAUUGACAGUGCCAGUAAAUUGGCACUGAAGGCGGAAUGUAAAACGAAAAAAAAAGCAAAACAAAGUAAAAAAAACAGAAAAAGUUAAAAAAAAAUAGUAAAAAAGGGUGUACAGUUAGAUAAGUAAACAAAAACAAAAAAGGAGUAGAACUGAAAUUACACAACAAAAAAAAGAAAAUAAGAAUAAAAAGUAACAAAAAGCCUGCACAGUUUAAGAAGAUCGGGAGAGGGAGAAAGGUUAUUUAAGGGAAAAUGAUUGUUCGUUAUUAAAAUGAGAUUUUGAAAUUUUUAGUUUUGUACUUCAUGAUUGUAAAAUUGCAUAAGCAGGGUGAUAUCUAGAUAAACAAAAUAAAAAAAGAUAAAACAAAACAAACAAAAAUUGAAUAAAACAUUCAAUUUUUAUCUUUUCUCCACAAACACACACAUACUCAUUCACUAUAUUCUAUAUACAUACAUAUAUAUAUAUAUAAAAAUACAAAUACAAAAACAAAAAAAUCUUUCACACAUAGCCACAGGAAAUUAAUUAGCACAGCGCGUUCAUAUAUAUUACCUAUACAUAACAUACAAUACAUACUUUUUACAUUUUACAUACAUUUAUUUAUUUACAACGAAAAACGACUACAAUUGUUAACAAAUCUGUUUACACUUAAAGUCACUUGAAUAAGGUUUAUUUUAAAUUUAAAAACGAAGAAACUAAAUGGUAUAAAUUCGAUUAGAAAACAGAAAUAUCCUUAACUCAAUUAUAACUUCUAAGUAAUUGGUAUAAAACUACAGAUUAUAGCCAUUUAUAUUAAAUACACUUUUUAAUUUGUUUAUAAAUGUUGUACAUCCAAUAAUUCUUAAAGUUUGUUCAAUAUUUAUUUAAAGUGCAUCCUAAUGGUAUAAAAAAUCAAAAUAGUACAACAUAAUAUGAUAAUGGUACAUUCAAAGAUUUUAUACCAUACGAUUAUCCUACAUUCCAAGUAGUGACGUUAAAUUGAUGAUUGAUUAUUUGUUUCUUUCUGUGAUGCUCUAUAAUUUGAGCAAAUACUGAAUUUACUUAAUAUAGCUAAUUGGUCGAAUUGUCCUACAGGACAUUAAGAUUGCGUUGGCUCAUUUUUAUGCAGUUUUUUUAAGUUACAUAAUCUAAAAUAAAUUGAGCGUUAAGUGAAAAAAAGUUUCCAUACACUGAUUAUUUGUUUGUAAUACAUUUUAUACCAGUUUGAAUUAAAUGGUAUAAUCUCACUAAAUGUCGAAGGUAAAGCAAUAGAUUUCUAUGUUUUGUUUCAAUUGUUUUUAUUUUUUUCUGUCUUCCGUAUUCAAAGUAAAGUCACGACAAAAGAAAUUUAUGAAUGGUAUAAAACCAAAACCUUGUUUGCCACACAAAAGUUUAUUUCUGAUACAUGGAGACUAAUGAAGUUAGUUCAAAUUAAUCAAAAUUCAUGUUUCAAUUUAAUUCUCGCAAUAUUCAUUUGAAUUUAACGUGAUUCUAUUAACUGGUAUAAAAUAAGUUCUACUAUUUCAAAUAUGGUGUUUUGAGUAAAAUUUAAAUUCUAAUUUGAAGACCAUGACUUCGACUGUAUUAUGAAAUUGCAUAUUUGUUUAUUUUAUGGACAAAACAACAAAUAUAUGAUUGGUAUAAACUGGUCUAAAAGUGGGAAAACGAAUAAUUUUUCACAAAAUCUUUUCAUUUAUCGUAUUUUUGUUAAUUUCAAAUGAUAUAUAAAAGAUUUAAUUAAAAAUAAUAAGGCAGUAUUUACUUUUUAAGUAAAAACAAAUAAACCUAAUCAAGUGACUCGAAGUCCGUAUUUAUCAUUUCAUACUAAUGUUAUUUUUAUUAUUAAAAUUCCACGUGAACACAAAAAAAAAACAACAUUUACCUGUAUAUCUUUUCAUCUAAACAAAAAACCAUCACAAAACCGAAAAGAAAAUACUCGUUUACAUAAACAUUUACAAAAAAUUAGAUUGUUGUUCCAAAAAAUAAAAAAAAAAAAGAAAACACAACAAAUCUGGGGAUUUGGGGUUCGUUGUUAUCCCAUCACUUCCACCCACCUCCACGCCAUCCACUGUGUCAUGUCGCCCACGCGUAAUUUAACCCCUCUACUCAUAUAAAGCAAAUCAGCAGGAUGAUGUGUGCAAAUUGCCGGAAAGGUGAAUGUUCAUUGUAAUGAUGGGGUAAAAUGCUAAAACGGACGAAUUUAAAACAGGAUAAAAGGUGAGGUUUUUUAUGGUGCGGAAUCGAUAGGAUGAUGAAUAGACGCACAAGCACAUAGCUACACCCGAAGGUAGGGUAUAGCUAUUUUAGGUAUAUUGAUGGAAUUGGAAUAACAAAAUAAGGGAUAUUAUAAAAACGUGAUGGAAUUCAAUUGAAUUACCUACCAACAGUAGUAAUUCCAAUAUUCCAAAUACAAAAAAAAAGGACGAAAACUCUUGAGAGCUUACAAAACAAAAUACAAAAA